AUGUCCACUCCGGAACGUCCACUGGACUUUCUUGGAUUUGUUGAGACAUUGUCGCAAAGCGGAGGAGCACCGCAUACGCCGAAGUAUGUGUUUGAUAUCGAUGUUCUGAGCAAAUCUUUGGAACCGGUGAAGCCCUUUGGGGCCGGUCCCCGUGUUUCUCCUACCUCCACGUACGGAGCGGCAUUGGGAUCGGAUGGCAAGCAAUACGAUAUCAUUGUCAUUCCUGCAGGAUCAUCAUGGAUCGGCGCUCAGGAACAGGAGGCCGUUGACUUCAUCACCAAACAGGGAGCCAAAGCCAAGUACGUGUUGUCCGUGUGCCUUGGCAGCGGCAUCCUCGCGGCGUCCGGCCUAUUAGAUGGGAAACGCGCAACGUCGAACAAGAUGUUUUUCAAAGAGGUCGCAGGAGUUUUCCCGAAGGUCAACUGGGUCCCCAAGGCCCGUUGGGUCGUAGACGGAAAGUUCUGGACAGGGUCUGGCGUGACGGCAGGGUUCGAUAUGGCCUAUGCUUUCGCCAGCGAGUUGCUCGGCAAGGAAUGGGCGGACAAGUUGGCUGCCUUUAUCGAGUACAAGCCUGCCACAGAUCCGGAGGAUGACGAGUUCGCUGCUGUGUAUGGAUUGGUGUAG